GUGUGCUUUGUUGAUGGAUCGUAGGGAGGGAGGUAAAUGUGAGAGGUAUCAGUGGGAGCGGAUGCAAAGGGGAAAAAGCGGAGGAAGAGACGUGCAGAAGACACGACCGGGUGGCCUUAAGGGCCCCUAACGACGAAAGGUUGCGCCCGCGGCGAGGGAAGCGAAGGGAGGAAGAAGAGACGAAAGGUUGCGCUCGCGGCGAGGCAGAUGCAGCGGGAACAAGGGGAAGACGAGGGAAGUAGAGGGUCUUAAGAGGAGUCGGUGAGAGGGGGGCGGACGAGGGAAAUAGAGGCUUAAUAAGAGGCACGAAGCAGCCAAACUGCAGAAUAUAAGAGGACGAGGAGAGUCACGGCAGGGAAGGGCGAGAGAGAGAGAGAGAGAGAGAGAGAGAGAGAGAGAGAGAGAGAGAGAGAGAGAGAGAGAGAGAGAGAGAGAAAGGGGGGGGGGAAAAGGAAGAACUGGAGCAAGAGGGGAGAGGAAGGGGGGGGGGGGUAGAAGAGGGGGAGAGUCCGGAAGAGGAAAGAAGAGCAGAGGGAGAGUCUGGAAGAGGAAAGAACAGAAGGGAGAAGGUUGAAGAUAGCAUUAGAGAAGGAGAGGCUUGGGAGGGGAGGGGGAGGGGAGGGGGGAGGAGUGGUGAUGAUUGUUUGCUUGAUUGAAAGGUAGAGAAGAGGAAGAAAGUGAAAAAUUCCUAAAGAGGAAAGGGAAAGAGGAAGGUGAGUGGAGUUACAAGGCGAAGACGGCGGAGGUGGAAGAUACCGAAAUAGGAAAGGGAGAGGGAAGGGAGAUGGAGAAGCUACGAGUCAAUGCGCGCCGGGAAAGCUGCUGGCCCAUCCCGAAGCCAGCAGCAGCAGCAGCAGCAGCAGCAUUAACAGUGUCCAAUCAGGAGAGAGCAAACGAAAAGCGGAAUUUUGAUUUGAUGGGACUUCUGCCCGACUCGGUCAUACUGGAUAUACUGGGCGCCAUUAAGGAUGCGAAAUCGGUUGUGCGGUGCUCCGUCCUCUCGAAGAGGUUUCAUUCGCUCGUGCGGCAGGUUCCCCAUCUCCGAUUUACAAUAUCCGAUUUUUAUCACCUUGGCUCUCCUGAUGUGGAGCAGACAAGGUUCCAGGAUGCUGUAGGGAGGAUGGUUGUUGAGAAUGAUGGCCUGAAGAGCUUGGAGAUAGUGUGUGAGGAUGUUGAUGAAGAGGAGCUUGGCACUUGGCUUUCUUGCGCGGGGAUGUCCCUUGAGAAUCUGCACCUGGAGAUGUGCCCUCUUCCGAACGAGGGGUUGGCAACGUCGUUGGUCAUCUCGAGUCAUGUGCUGGAGCACUGCAAGAGGCUGCGGUCGCUAGAGGUAUGGUGCAGAAAAGAGAGCGAGCAAGAAUACAUGUGCGAGCUUGGUCCCCUGCCGCUGUCGCUGGGGCCUUUCCGGCAGUUGGAGAGUUUGCAGGUAGGGAAUGUGCUUGUCGAGGGCGAGGCACAUUUGUCUUCCUUACUCUCGCUGCUACCCGUUUUGCGAGUUUUGAUUCUUGAUUCUGUGUGUGGCUUAGAUGCCGAGAGUGUACAGGUGUUCUCCCCCACCCUAGAGUGCCUUAUGAUCCGCCUUCAUCAGUCAAACUCCCCAACUGCAGAGGGUUGUGCUUUGCGCGAGCUCGUCGUGGAUGCCCCCGCACUUCAGACGUUGUGCGUCGAGGCUGCCGAGUCUCUCGUUGUUCGGAGAAGCAGCAAGCUAGCGUCUCUGACGCUUGAAGCUUGGACACCGGACGUCGACUGGGAGUUGCAUAGCGACAUCACCGUGGUAUCGAUGCUGGAUGUAGGGUCGGUGAUACCCUUCGACGUGAAUGGGCACGUGUGGUGGAAGAAGUUUGAAAUGCUUCUGCAGCGGUUUCGAUUGAGCCUAAGGAAGCUGAUCUGGAAGUUGGCAUUCUUCGAGGAGGCAGAGGAGGAUGAAGAAGCGCCCACGUUCGGCGAGCUUGCACCGGUUCCUGUGCACCCUUGGGAAUUUUGUCGACACCUGGGGGAGUUGCGAAGGCUUGUGAUUGAGCAGCCUUGCUUCAUUUCCAGCCUUGAGCGGGGAUUGAGGACGAGGCCUGGUGGCCCGGAAAUCGGUGUCCUGAGGGACAGCGAGGGCGAGGCAUCGCCGAUGCCAAUUAUCUGGGGCGAAGACGGAAGGAGAAGGCACGGGUUUCGGCCCUUGCUUCCGAAGCUUAGGAGCCUGGACUUGGCAGUGAAUGCCGUGACAGCCGACACUGUUGCCGUGCUCGCUUUCUUCUUGGCGUCGAGCCCGGCGCUGGAAAGUCUAAGGCUUCGAAUUCAGGGAUGGUCCGAUUCUGAAUCCUUGGAGUCUCAGAUCAGGAGGUUACAACGAGUCCGCCGACAGUACAGGAGGGUGAGGUUUAAGUUCUACUAUUAAUGAAUUUAUUAUCCCCCUCCCCCUCAUUUUGUUUGUGUUUAGGGUCUGUUUAGUUACUGACUUGCCUGCUGCACAUGAUUUCGUCGCGGAAUGCAGGCCGGCUUUUGACUUUCUAACACUUCAGAUGCUGAGUGAGUCACGAGAGGGGAAGCCGUCCUUCAUGGAUGGCUAGUUUGCCUAAUCCCAAGCGCCGUGGAAGUUGUUUCCGUACGACAAUCGGGGGCUCCCCUCACAUUGGGUGCCGGAACACAUACAGACUUUUGAUUGAUUAGAGUUUUCUACCACUUCAGAUGAUGAUCGCGCCUGGCGGAGUUCUCUAUCAUGAUGGAUGAACUAGCCGCUGCCCGAUCGCGCGAUUGUUACUGAUGCAACAUUGAGGCUGGCUUUGCAGGAACAUGUCAAAGUUCUGGUAAAAGGGCCUCGCUCCACUACACUCGACAUGCGCAAAAAACAAAAAAUAUAUGGCGGUGUAUCUGCCCCAUGUUCCAGCGGAAAACUCAUGCAUUGUAUGCAUUUGGCGAGUGGUGGAGCGAAGACCAGAGUCUGUUUGCGACGCUCUUUUCCACUCUCUGCGGCGCUCACGUGGAAGUGGAAAGGGUUGACCAUCCUCUGCACGGACGAUUGGGGGGGGGGGGUUGGAUUUCAUGUCCAGGUUCAGAUGUUGGCCACUGUGGUUCGGGGGAUGUGCACACGUGCAGGGACAUGCCUUUGCAGGGCAUCCGUUGUUGAUGGUGUGAGCCAUGGUGUAUGUGACGUCUUGGCGGAUCGAUCACACCUAUCUUCAAUGGCCUUAAUUCGUGGUUUGACGGUCGGUUUGACUGUUGGUUUGACUGUUGGUUCGAUAACACUAGGUAGUAUAGUAGUGCGACUGUUCCUGAGUAUAGGGCAUUCGGAGGCUGAGCAUUUCUGAAUGAGAUUUUCAAAAUCGGGUGUUGAUUCGGUCGAGGUGCAUCGGAUUCGUGGAAGGGAAAGGCGGGAGCAAACGAGGUUUGGUUAACGAAGAGCAUUUGGGAGCAGUGAAGAAAACGGGAGGGGAAAAUUUGACACAGUUUUGGGACACAGGUGCGUUCUCGAGGGGAAUGGUGCUUUGCAGUUUUAAUUUCCUGAGCUUACAACGCAGGAGGUGGUAGCGACCGUGGCAGUUACACCGCGGUGAUAGACAGCAUCCAUGGUUUAUAUCCAGUGGGAGCAAAUCUAUCUGUCAUCUUGAGUUGGUGGGCAGGCUUGCCCUGAGAAUUGGGAUAUUCCUAUUCCCUACUGGUUGUCUACAUUUCUGUUUGCUGUAAUUUUGCAACACCCACCAGUCCAGGCAGCCUGGGGGACGAAGGCGGUCCCGGGGGGGGGCCGGGGGGGGGAAGACGUAGCCCAGAUAGGGCGGCGUAAACUAUAAUAAGUGUACAAGUUGUAAAACUUCUUUGCGCUUGAUUUUGCUACGCGAGUGGUAGAUAGAUUUAUGUCCUGCAGAGAGAGAGAGAGAGAGAGAGAGAGAGAGAUUUGUGAGGUAGGGUGGUGAAAGAGUAUUUUCACAAGUAUUAUGGAGUUGGGCCAUGGCCCAUGGGUACUUUCCUUGCGUGGUCUGUGAGAAGAGGGGAGAGCUGGUGUCCCGAUGGCAGAGCCUGCAACUCAAGGUGCAGAACUUGAUAUGAGCUGCAUCAUGAAAAUAAUUGCGUGCGGAGGGUUUCAUCUAUUGUUCUUGCGUUGGACGGUGCGUUCGUCGGAGAUGCACGGACACUGUAUCAGUUGCUAGUGACAAUUUUAUGCUCACUGAUGGUGACGAGCAGGAUUCGAACACUUGCGCUCUCGCACCAAUGAUGUUGAUUCAUGAGGUGAGCAGUCGGAUCGGCAAAGUGGGGGCGGCCUGAUCACAUUGACAACUCCGACUGAGGGGCGCUGACGCAAUUGUUGAAGAAGUCCCAUCCAUUUGCGAAGGUGGAUGCAAAUAUUAAAAAAAGAGAAAGAAAAAGAAAAAGAAGGUUCAUGCAAAAGGAGGGAAGAGCGCACUUGCCCUUCGUCAGUGCGGAGCCGUCGUUUAUGAUCCCAUCCAUUUAAACCACAGGUACAGCCAGAGGCCGGCAGGGGCCGUAGUGCGUGCCGAGCUUUUCGGAACCGGCGGCGUUGCACUCGUUUUCAUUUUAGGCUGGCGCGGCCAGCCAUUGAGGUCCGGUAGGCGAAGCCUUGGAUAUUUUCGUAGGCGACGAGUUUCUUUUUCAGCAAGGCUGGGGCUAUGUACUGACGGUCGGACGGUUUAAGGUUUGUGCCUCCUCCCCCCUCAGGGCUCCCUCUGCCCCCCCUCUGAUUUUGACGGUGGCGUAAGUUGCUUGGAGCCGCUUCUGCGCUUUCACAUCUUUCUUCUGUUUGUUUCUGAUGUACAUGAAUAUAUAAUAAAUGAUAGGUUGGCUAUGACGUCUAUACAAACUCUAUAGCGAAGUCGGGGGGAAGAUUUGGCAGUGUGCGUACUGCUUGUUCUGUUGGGAGAGGACUUAGUGAUUGCAUGCACUGUCUCAGGAGACUUGUGAAAGACGAUGGGUGUGAUGGUUUUUUUUUUUUUUGUUUGUUUGUUGGUGGAUACAUGAGCCGGUCAUCAAAUCUGGGUUGUGAUCACAAGCCCGUAUUUGAUGAUGGGGUUCGACUUGGUGACUUUCUUUUCAUUUCUGCUCUCUACGACAAUAUUAUUAUAAUAAAAAUCUGUCGAAAGU